CUCUUGCCCCGCCUCACUUCCAUGAUGGCUGAAGAUCCCGGUGGAGCUUAUUUCAAUUUCUCCUUCACUUUUUCCUGUUUCCCUGUGUUUCUGCUUGUCGGUACGACAUGGCAGGAGCCACAACCUCGGUAACCGGCUUCAUAUACUCGCUGACGCCGUCAUGCCCAAGAAAGGGAUCCGAAAACGGCUGAAGUUCCGGGCCGACGACGUGUGCUCGGAGUCAGUUACUGUGGCUGACUAUGCUAACUCUGACCCAGCCAUUGUGAAGUCUGGGAGGGUUAAAAAAGCUGUUGCAAAUGCACUUGAAAAAGAAGUGAAAUUGCUGUGUGGUUUGGAAGCUUCCCAAGGUGCUGUACAAGAGGUGCUGUCCUCAGCUGUGAGUGUAAGAAGACAGGACUGUGACAGUAGUGAUGAGCUGGACACUGAAGGCAGUGCCAGUGGUGUAAAACUUUCCAGAAAGAAGAAGAGCAAGAGACAUAUAGAAGAUAGUGAUGCACUGGAUGGCAAAGCAUAUCCUAUCGAUAUUUGGCUGCUUUUGGCAUCGUACAUUCGUCCAGAGGAUACAUGUAAAUUUGCUCUGAUUUGUAAAAAUGCGUGGACUGUCACUUGCACUGCUGCAUUCUGGACCAGAUUAUAUAGAAGGCAUUAUAAUAUGGAUGCUCAGUUGCCAGUACGUUUGCAGCCAGACUCUGUUGGAAAGAUGAGAUGUCUCCGUGCUUGUGUAAUCCGUUCUCUGUUUUUUAUGUAUGAGCCAUUUUGUACUCGUGCUACAAAAAUCCCUUUAAUACCAGAGUCCACUCCUACAAGUUUGCUGAAUUCAAAGUGUUUGCUGUUUUGGGUCACCAAAGUUGAUGGCAAUAGAUCUGAACCAAUGUGGGAGUUUAAUUUUAAGUUUAUGAAGCAGCCUCCAAAGUUUAAGAAUGGCUGUCACAAUGGACUACAGUUUCCCUGCAAAUACCAAGACGUUCAUGCUAACCCAGACCAGGACUGCUAUCUAUUGCAAGUUACAACACUCAAUUUCAUUUUCACCUCAGUUGUAAUGGGCAUGACCCUGGCACUGUUUACAAUAAACGUGAGCACGGAUAUGAGGCAUCAUCGUGUGCGACUUGUUUUUCAAGACUCCCCUGUCAUUAAAGGCAAGAAAUCCCGGAAUGAUCUAGGUGUCCAAGUGGUUCUUGAUCCUGUACACAGUGUCCGUCUCAUGGAUUGGUGGCACCCUCAGUACCCCUCUUCUGUUAAUACUUGAUAACAUUUCAAGAAGUCAGCAGGAAUAUGAUGCUGGAUCAUAAUAAUUGAAACUGAAGAUUUAUGCUGAAAACCCUGCCAGUCUGGCUGUAAUUUGAAAUUUCGUAACAUUGAAAAAUUGAGCAACACUUAUUGACACUGUAGAAAAGCACUUUUCAGGAUUAUGAUGAAGUUUACAUAUGCCCAUUAUGGUAUUUCAUUAUAUAACAGGGUAAUCAUGGAAUGCUGUCAUUAUUAUUACUUUUAUUUUAUUAUAAUGAAUCUAAUCUAUUUCAUCAAUGUCUGAUCACAUUGGAAAAGGGCAUGCUGUGAUGCAUGGAUGUCUCCUUCUCUUGCAGUGACCUUUAAUUAUAAUUUAUCUAAUGUUUUCAUUAUGCUAGCAAAAUAUUUGUGAUCUCAUGAACCCUAGAGUUGUAAUGAAGAGUUUGUCAUACAGGAAACUUUAAAGUUGGAAAGAGUAAUUAUUCACAUUAUAAUGUUAGUGUGGGAGCGGUCAGGGCCUGAGAAGCAUCAGUAGAACUUUUUUUUUAUUAUUAUUAUUUCCUUUUCUCGCCAUCCUCACCUCUGUCAAUCAGUUUUCGAGCCCUUCAAAUGGGAAUGCCUGCACCUGCCAUAGUUUUUAUCUGGGUAUUCAUGUUUCCAUGUUUUCCAAUUUAGUUUUGCGUUCACUUCUGUUCAAAAACUUUAUAUAUUUAGUGUGAUUCCAUGUUCUGGAUGAUGAUGUAGUAUUUUACAAAUUUGUUCUGAUUUCACAUUGUCCAUUUACUGAUUAAAAUUACGUUUUGAAAUGCAUAUUUUUCAGAUGAUGGUGAUGAUUAGGUUUCUUUCAAAGUAAAAAGAAAGUACUUAUUUUAAAGUUAUGAAAAACAAGAAGGAUCUUUACUCUCUUCCACUAUAAGAAAAUCAUUUCUGUUUCCAGGUACAAAGUAAAAAAUAAUAUAUAUUUUUUUAAUUUUAGAGUGCUUAGAAACAUGGCCAGAAAAUGUUUUUGGAAUUCCUGAGUUAAGCUGAUUCUGUGUCCUUUGUACUGAUGCUGUCAAACUUAGAUAGUCGUAUCAUUUUAGUAUUUUUUUUUUGCAAGUCUUUCUAGUUGCUGUUUUAUCGCUUCCUUCUGAAGUUCAUGAGUCACGUGUGUGUGUGUGUGUGUGUAUAUAAUUGGUGCUUUGUUUUGCAGAACACAAAUGUGUACAGGUAGCGGGUAUGUUGGGCCAGGUGGCUUUUUGUUUUGUGACAUGAACAUUAAGGCUUGUUUUUCUAGCAUUACGGAUCAGCUACUGACUAUGAAGGGAAUCUGCAUUUUAUUGAUUUUUUUUCUCUUUUCUCAAAUAAAUAAACUCUCAAUAUUAUAUAUUUUAGAUAAGUGCAUGCCAUCAGGUGCAAAACUUAGUACUGAAUCUGUUUUACUUAUUAAUUUUAAUGAUAUUUGAUUGGAAUCUAAUUAUUUGGCUAAGAUACAUGCAUGCUUGUGUUUCUUUGCGCAGAGAGCUCCAGCUACUAUGUAAGCAUUCGAGAACAGGUUUGAAUUAUUAACAAAUAUAUAGAAACAAAAGGGAAAUAUUAAUCCUUUUGUCUGAAGGCAAUUUUAUGAUGACAGCUUUACUUUGUACCAUGUGCGAGGUUAUAGUAUCUGUGGCAAGUGUUUAUUUAGUAAGCCUUAACCAGUGAAGCAAAUGAAAAAACCUGAACAGGAAUAAUAUUCUAAUUUAUAAAUUAAAUGUUUUCUGCAAGUAUGUUGUAUGCUUGUCUUGAAAAAUGUAUAUGGAUUAAUUUUUAUUUGCUAUUUAUGAAUAUAUUGAAAGGCUCCUGUGAAACAUUCCAUGCUUUUUAUUUGUGUUAAAAAAAAAAAAAAAACAGUACUGACAGCAUCUAGUUUAAAAUAAAUUGACAGUACCCCUAAAAUAAGGGGGAGUCAUUUGCCAUCAAAACCAGUUGUCUUACACUCGCAUUCUCCCAGUGUGAAGUCCCUCUCAGAACUGUCGUAGCUUUGGCAUAUCUCAACAUGCUUCAAGGGUGAAGAUUGUGUGUUCCUCUUUUUUUCCUUUCUAAGCUGAAGCAUCAUAGCAGCUAUUUUCAUAGUUAAAUAUGUAUAGGCAGAAUUGGCGCACACAACGCCAAGAGAAACAAAGCCAAACGUAUUCCAAAGAAUUCUGUUACUCUAAAGCAAAGCCUGGUGUUCAUGCUUUUCGUCAACAUGUUUUAAACUUGCUAACCUUUGUUGUGCUUUCCAUUUUCAAUGUAUUGGGGAAUAGAUUCAGGCUUUAAAGUCUGAUUCUGAUGAAAGCUAUGACUAGUUAAUUUAUGUUGUGCAGACUGAGCAGUAGAGCUGAACUUCAGUACUCUUUGGAUUUCUUUGUUUUGUGCUGCUGUAAUAAACUUCACAAGGCCAGCAACCUAUAAGAUUGUAAAACAAGAUUAACAUUUCAACCAGUGGGCACAUUAAACUGUUUUUUUUUUCUGAAAA